AAGAGAUGAUCGAGGAUAAGAUCGACAACGCAAAAGUCGAAUCACUUUUUGAUCCACUCGAUUUCAAAGCUUUGAAGGAGACACCAUUAGGACAGGAGGCGGUCCACUUGCUUUCUCUUAAUCCAACAAGUCGUACAGCCGAUCAGAUUCACACGGCAAUGAUGGCCGUUAAAGUGAGUGUUCCAGCGUUUAACGAAUACCCCUUGAAGAUGCAAAGACAGUUGAUAUCAGUCUGUUGGUAUGAAAGAUUUGAAAGUGGACGCACCAUUAUUCGUGAAGGACACCAAGCUGAAUGUUUCUACUUUAUUUUAUCAGGAAAAGUGUUGGUCUACAAGACGUUCGACUUGAAACCAGGUGGCAAAGAGAAAAUGAAGAGAGUAGCUCGCCUUGAAAAAGGAAGAAGUUUUGGGGAAUUAGCUCUGUUGCAUCAUCGACGUAGAAACGCGACGAUUCUCUGUAAGGAUGAAGUAUCCUUGUUAGCCGUUGGAAGGAAGGAUUUUUGUGAAAUAUUUAUGAGUGGUGAAAAGGGAAAGGAACCAGAGCAUAUUUCCUAUCUCAAUUCAACUUCUACCUGCAGAUCCAUACCAUACUUGAAGGAUCUUCCACUCGAAAACCUCGUUGAAGAAAAAGAUGCUUGCCUCUUUCACUAUUUCAGAAGAGGAAAGGUUAUGGUAAACAAUAGUGAGAGCGAUAGGAUCUACAUAGCCAAAACGGGUUCAUUUCGAGUCUUGACCAGGAUAUUGAAACGAAAACUUGACAAUCGACGUUCUGUGAAUCAUAUUCCGAUGUCAGCGACCCAAAAUUUUCCUCUAAUUUCGAUGAAUGAGGUGAAAAGAAUGCGAACUAUUAGUCGAGAAUAUCGAUCUAGAAGAAUUGCAGCACUUCCACCUUUGUCUGGUGAAACAACAUCGUUUGAUAACUGUCGCAGUAGUGACAAACGUCGUACACAAUUGUCAACCUUGGCUAGCGCGGUUCCGAAUAAAAGCAAGUACGUCGUCGUUCAAAUUGAAGUAUUGAAACCAAAAGAUCAAUUUGGGUUAUCCUCGGUCCUCUUCGAUUCCAAAUCUGCUCGAUGUCAUUUGGUGAGCAAUGGUGGAGAAUGUAUUCUGAUAUCAAAGGAAUGGAUAAUUUCUCAUGCAAGUGAAACAACGUUGAAUAAAAUGAGAAGACAGAUUCCUCAAUAUCAUACCCAAGAGUCAAUCCAACAGCGACUCGUGGAUCAAGCUAACUGGAAAUUCUAUAAAAGCCAAACUUUAAAUGAUAUUUUACAAACAUAAAACCUUUAAAAGAGAGAAUUAAUGUAUUUCAAUGGUUGUCAUCAUUUUUAAAGCAUUUUUUCAGAUUUGUUUUUAUUGCUUAAGAAUAAUUAUACCUGUGCUCUAUCUACUCCUCGUUAUAUUUAAGGAAAAUUACUUAAAAUAACUUAAAAUUAAAUACUCAGAAGUUCUGUUUGGCCA